AUGGCAUCAUCUAUUAGAGCAUGGGGGAGGGAUGGAGCGCCAACAACCAGGAAAGCCCCAACAAAGGUUGCUGAAAAUGCGGAGCAAAAUACUUUGGAAGCAGAGAGAAUACUACCAGUUACACAAAAUUUUGCACAGGAUGUUCAGGUUGCUGAAAGUGCAAAGCAAAAGCAUACUUCAAAGACAGAUAGAAUGGUAUCAGUUUUACAAGAUUUUGCAGAAGAACUUCAGGCUGAUACUUCUCGAAUAAGAGGGGAGAUCACAGUUACAAGAUCUGCAAUGGGAGAGCAAAAUGAAAUGGAUGUAGAUAUCAUGCAAAAUUUUGGGGAGAAUACAUUAUUCGAUUCCACUACAAGAAAGGAACUCAUAAUCAAUCAGAGGACUGAAAUGCAAGCAAGCAGUGUGAAGGAAACAAUUGUUCUAGAAGAGUGUAACCAAGAUGCAGCAUCACAUGACUUGGAAAUGGAUAUAAAUGUUGAGGAAGAGGACAGAUCAAAAAGUAUUGAAGAAGUAGAAAUUGAAGAUGAUGUUGGCUCAGAUGAUGAAGCAACAAUAUCUAAAAAUCAAGACUAUAUAUUCCCAACUCCUGAAGAAGUGGAAAAAUGUGUUGAACCUUGUGUUGGAAUGAGAUUCCAAAGUCUUACUGAAGCACAAAGAUAUCUCAGUGUACAUGGUCUUCUAAAUGGAUAUGCAAUCAGGAAGGGUACAAACUAUUUGAAGAAGACAUACCAUCUAGAAUGCAAUAGAAGUGGGAAGGCAAGAGUUAUGGAAAGCCCACAAAGGAUUAGAAGGAGGAAUUAUAUUGUGAAAACAAAUUGCAAGAUGAAGGUUAUAGUAAAACUGAUAAAUGGACAGUGGGUCUUUACAAAAGUAGACACAAUGCAUAAUCACAAUGUGGUAUCUAGUCCAUCUCUGACAAAUUUUUUCUUAAAUCAUAAAAGAAUGACUGAUGAUGAAAAGGCCUUCUCCAAGAUUUUGCAAGAUGCAAGAAUUAAACCAAUGAAGAUAAUGGCAAUAUUCAGAGAGUUGAAGGGCAGUUUCAAGAAUGUUUUUUUCAAAGCAAGGAACUUGGACAACUUGAAGCAGAAAGAAAUGAUCAAAACAAGAAAUUCAGACAUUGAAGCAACAGUAAACUAUUUGAAGAAAGUACAGAUUGAAAGUCCUGGUUUCUAUUAUACCAUGAGAGUAGAUGAGGAAAACAGAGUGAAAAGUAUAUUCUGGACUGAUGCUAGAGGCAAAAUGGACUAUGAGUUAUAUGGAGACUUUAUAUCGUUUGAUACAACUUUUAGUACAAACAAAUACAACAUGCCUUUUGCACUAAUAGUGGGGAUAAAUGGGCAUGCAAAGAAUGUUAUAUUUGGCUGUGCACUACUUGAAGAUCAAACUGCUGAAACUUUCGAGUGGGUGUUCAAAACUUUUGUGGAAACCAUGAAUGGAAAGAAACCCAAGAUAAUCAUGACUGACCAAGAUGCAGCGAUGAAAAAAGCAAUUGCAGAUUUCAUGCCAGAUGUGAUUCAUAGGUUAUGCAUAUGGCACAUAAUGAAGAAUAUUCUUGAAAAGUGUGGAUCCUUCAUGAGCCAAAAGCAUAGAGAAGGCAUGGAAAAGAAACUGAACGAAUUAGUUUAUGAUUCACUAAGUGUUUUAGAAUUUGAGAGUGGAUGGCAACAAAUGCUAAAUGAUUAUGAUGCAGAAAAAAAUGAACACCUACAAACAAUGAACAUGUUGAGAAAAAUGUGGAUCCCAGUAUAUUUCAAGGAAGUGCUGUGUCCAUUCAUUCAUUCUACUUCAAGGAGUGAGAGCACAAAUUCAUACUUCAAGGAUUAUGUGAUUCCUAAAGAUACAAUAGAGAAUUUCAUGAGGCAGUUUCAAAUAAUACAAGAAGCUAGUAUGAACAAAGAGGAUGAGAACAGAUUUACAAGUUUAGUGAAAGAACCCAUCUAUUGCACACAUCAGCGGAUUGAAAGGCAAGCAGCAAAACUUUACAACAGGGACAUUUUUGUGAAGUUUCAAACAGAGCUAUUCAACGCAACUGCAUUUUCAGUUAUGGAGCUCAUAAAAGAUCGCCAAUAUGCAGUCAUAAAGAACUCUUACUAUCACAACCCAGAGUUUUGGAAGGACAAGUUCAUUAUAGAAGUUGACAAAGCAAAACAAGAGUUUAAUUGUGAAUGUAACAAGCUAAAAAGGGAUGGUAUGGUUUGCUGCCAUAUUCUGAGAUUAUUCACCCAAUUAGGAAUCCAUAAGCUACCAGAUCAAUGUAUCAACCGGAGAUGGACAAAAAAGUACAGAGAAGAAGAGCUUGAGAAGCAGAAAAAAGAAUGCACUAAAGAAAUAGGGUGA